AUGUCGGUAAGAAAUCGUACGGCACCCGGUCCCGACAGAAUAAGACCAGAACACCUGGUGAGUCUUCCGCCAGUACUCAUCAACACCCUGGCGAGGCUCUUUACACGUUAUCUGGCGGAAUGCAAGGUUCCUAAACAGUGGAAGACCAGCAACACCGUGUUGUUGUAUAAAAAGGGAGAUCCACAUGACAUCGGCGACUAUCGUCCAAUCUGCCUACUGUCCUUCAUCUACAAGCUCUUUACAAGAGUGAUCCUUAAUAGGAUUGAAAAAGUCUUGGAUGAAGGACAGCCAUGCGAGCAAGCAGGGUUUCGAAAAAGAUUCAGCACGAUUGACCACAUUCACACUGUUUCGAAACUCAUCGAGGUAUCACGAGAGUACAAGAUGCCGCUCUGUCUCAUCUUCAUCGACUUAAAGAAGGCCUUCGACUCAGUUGAGACGGAAGCGGUCGUGGAAGCCUUGGACAACCAACGCGUCCCUACUCAGUACAUAAAGGUACUUCGAGAGUUGUACAGUAACUUCACGACCGGAAUUUCGCCAUUCUACAAGAACAUCAUCAUUGACGUGAAGAGGGGAGUCCGACAGGGUGAUACAAUCUCACCCAAAAUAUUCACAGCCACCCUCGAAAACGCAAUGCGGAAUGGGACGACAUGGGAGUGA